AUGAGCAAGCAAGGGCAAGUUGACAUCAAGGUUCCAGGGAACACGGUUGAUCGUGUCGAGGAGAUUGAUAUCGACCCAAAAGAAGAAAGAGCCCUGGUAUGGCGUCUGGAUCUGUUUUUCUUGACUAUCGGUUUCUUGGGUUAUGCAUUCAAGUACCUCGAUCAGACCAAUAUCAGCAAUGCCUAUGUCUCUGGAAUGCAAACAGACCUUAAAUUGUACGGAAAUGAGCUAAAUUACUUUACUACCUACUUCAAUAUCGGAUAUAUGCUCAUGUUGUACCCUUCGUGUGUUCUCAUCUCCCAUAUCGGUCCAUCCAGAUGGUUACCUACUUGCGAGGUCUACGGACUCCGGUUCCUUAUCGGCUUCUUUGAGGGCGCAACUUGGCCAGGUUAUUUUACAAUUAUCAGUCAAUGGUAUAUGCCUCAUGAAAUGGCUCUCCGAAUGAGUUUGUAUAACAUCGCCCAGCCUGUGGGAGCCAUGCUUUCCGGUGCUAUGCAAGGCGCUCUUUCAACCAACCUCGAGGGUUCGCUCGGCCGGAGCGGUUGGCGAUGGGCCUUUAUUAUCAAUGGUAUCUGUACCAUCUUUGUCGCCUUGGUCGCUUUCAUCCUCUUACCAGGUUUUCCUGAACGCCAGAAUCUACUUUCGAAAUUCUAUCUCAGACCACGAGAUAUCGAAAUUGCACGGGCGCGCAAUAGACGAAUCGGCCGGGAUCCCCAGGUUGGCAUCACUCCGAGGACAUUCCUACGCGCGUUCAAGUUCUGGCACGUUUGGAUAUUUGCGCUCGCCUGGUCUAUCGGCACGAACCAAACGCCUUCCAAUUACUUCAAUCUCUGGCUGAAGUCGCUGAAAAAUGCAGACGGCACGAAGAGAUACUCGGUCGCUAUGCUCAACUAUCUGCCCAUAGCGGGUCAGGCUAUCCAGCUUGUCGCAGAGCUUCUCUUCAGCGGCUUUAGCGACUACUUGGGUGUUAGACUGCCAUUUUUGCUCCUUCAUUCGGCCAUCAACGUCACAUCUCUCAUCAUCCUGAUCAUUCGUCCCAGCAACGAGCACCUCUACAUGGCUGGAUGGUACAUGAACUACAUGGGCGCUGUAUCUACCAUGCUCCUCUGCGCCUGGGCAGCAGCCCAUCUCGAGAGAGAGCCUCAAGUCCGAACGGUUCUCUUCGCAACAGGUACUCUCUUCUCAUACCUCUUCAGCGCAUUCCUGCCCAUCGCUGCAUUCCCUGCUUCGGAGGCACCCCAUUGGCGCAUUGGCGCAAAAGUAUACCUUGGACUUUCUCUUCUGGCAGCGACGCUCUUUAUCAGUAUCGCCGUUAUAUUCAAGCGGGAAGAGAAAGGCAAGAGAAAAGCUGAGAGGAUCGAGGAAGGGAGUGAAAUAUCUGCGGACAGAGAUUGA